AAAGUGAUGACAUUGUCAUUUGUCAAACGAUUUCUCCUAUCAAUAACUUGGAACUCAGAUCAUACUCACCUAUAUCAUUAAUCAAGGGAUAUGCUGGACCCUUCUAUUUGUUAUCUUCUGCAAGUUUUCAAAUUUGACCUUGUCUAAUAUGUCUAGGCAUUUAAUUUAAUAUUUUACUUUUAGUCCCAAUUUUCCAUGGAGAGGUCAAAAAAGAAACUUCAAUUGUGGAAGAGAGCUGCUUUCCAUUUCUUGUUAUGCUUCAUUAUGGGAUUCUUCACUGGGUUUAUCCCAACCAGUGACAAGUCCUGGACGUUUUUUGGUAACGUUGUGGCCUCGACUCAGUCAGAACUCUCAAUGCAGCCAUUGGAAAUUUCAUCAUACCAUACUCUUAACAGAAGUUUGUUGGAUGGAACUCAUCGGGCAGUCUUAAUGCGGUCUAAUGAAUCCUUACAGACUGGACCCUCGGAGCAAGAGCAAGCAGAAGAACCAGGCACUGAUAAAUUGAGUUCAAGAAGGCUGGUCAUAAUUGUUACUCCAACAAGUGAGAGGAACCAUCUUCGAGAAGUACUUUUGAUGAGGCUAGCAAACACAUUAAAGCUGGUGCCUCCGCCAUUGCUAUGGAUGGUCGUUGAACAGCAGUCUGAUUCUUCUCAAGUAUCUGAAAUAUUGAGGAAGAGUGGUGUUAUGUAUAGGCAUGUAGUGUUUAAGGAGAAUAUUACAGACCUGGAAAUGGAAAUGGAUCACCAGAGAAACGUGGCGCUUAAUCACAUUGAGCACCAUAGGCUGAGUGGCAUUGUUCAUUUUGCUGGACUUGACAAUGUCUAUGAUCUCAGCUUCUUCAAUGAGAUCAGAGCUACUGAAGUGUUCGGGACAUGGCCAAUGGCAAUUCUAUCAGCCAACAGGGAGAGGGUAAUAAUAGAAGGACCUGUAUGCGAUUCAUCACAAGUUAUAGGAUGGCAUUUGAAAAAACAGAAGAACCAUACUGCAGACACUACUAAAUCCCCUCUUCACAUUUCAAGCUUUGCAUUCAACAGCUCCAUCCUCUGGGAUCCCGAGAGGUGGGGCCGUCCUUCCUCCAUCCAAGACACUUCACAGAAGACAAUGAAAUUUGUGGAGAAAGAGGUACUGGAAGAAGAAACAGAAGUGAAGGGAAUUCCAGCACAAGGUUGCUCCAUGAUUCUGCUCUGGAAUCUUCUUAUACCAACAAAACACCCCACCCCACCUCACGCAUCAGUAGCUAGUCGAUAAAAACAAAUACUCAUUCAAAUGCGUAGUUAAAUUCAGUCCUUUUUGUUUAAUCAUAAAGAGUUCGCAGAGAAUAAACAGGAUAAGUGGGCACAGAUGGUGAAAAUUAUAUCA